AUGUGCUCUCUUAGGAGAGUUUUGAAUGCAAAUUGGCAGAAGCAGAGGAGGCACCAGAACAGCAAACAGGUAGUCACAGGACAGGAGGAACUAACAACAAACUGGCUGCAAAACAGCUUUGCUUCUCCAAACCAACCAAAGAGAUGGCCAAUCACCUCAGACCCUUGUAAUUUUGGGGGUGUCCCCAUUCCCAAGGUCAUGGUAGAUGGGGGAGCAGCCAUUAAUCUUCUGCCUCAUAGAAUGCUGAGCAAGAUGGGCAGAACAGAGAGGGAUUUGAUUUCAACACGCUUAAUUGUCACCAACUUCGCAUGGGGCAUCACCAAAACUCCUGGGAUCUUAGAUGUGGACGUCAUAGUUGGGAGCAAGAAGCUGAAGAUUGCAUUCUUUGUGGUAGACACCACUUCUGCCACUUACAAUGCACUGCUUGGCAAAGACUGGAUUCAUCAGAGUCUAUGUGUCCCUUCCACUCUUCAUCAACAAUUAGCUCUGUGGAAUGAAGAAGGUUACAUGGAGAUAGUAGAGGCCAAUCCACGACCAUUUCUGCCUUCUGCCAUGUGUUUUGAGGCAAGGUACUAUCAUGAUGACCUUGGUCCUUUCACCUUCCUUCGAGUCAACCAGAACGGCCGCCCCCACGGUGUCACGGCCUAG